AUGAAUCAGUUUCGUGCCGGAGGAUCUCAACGGGAGAUGUUUGCUGCAGCCGAGGAUUUAGCGGAUGACGUAUUGCGGCAUACCAGGCAUAUCCUUCCACAUGUUGCUCGUCUUUGCCUGGUUUCCACAUUUCUUGAGGACGGCAUUCGAAUGUGGUUUCAAUGGGACGAUCAACAACAGUUUAUGCAGGAUUCGUGGUCGUGCGGAUGGUUUCUCGCUACUUGUUUUGUCAUCUACAACUUCUUUGGACAAUUUGUACCAGUUGUUAUGAUUAUGCUACGGAAAAAGGUUAUGGUUGCAUGUGGUAUCCUUGGGUCAAUCGUUUUUCUCCAAACGGUCGCCUAUCAUAUUUUAUGGGAUUUGAAGUUCCUUGCAAGGAAUGUUGCCGUUGGCGGUGGACUCGUGCUGUUGAUGGCAGAGACUCAAGAAGAAAAAGCCUCUUUGUUUGCCGGAGUGCCUACUAUGGGUGAUUCGAAUAAACCUAAGUCAUACAUGUUGCUUGCCGGUCGUAUUUUGCUGAUAUUCAUGUUGACCUCAUUACUUCAUUUCAAAAUGAGUUUCCUACAGAUGAUUGAAAUCAUAGUCGGAUUUAUGUUGAUUUUGUUAGUUUGUGUCGGAUAUAAGACCAAGCUUUCUGCAAUGGUCCUUGUUGUAUGGCUUUUUGGUCUCAACUUAUGGCUAAACGCUUGGUGGACAGUGCCAUCUGAACGUUUUUAUCGCGACUUCAUGAAAUACGACUUUUUCCAAACCAUGUCUGUAAUCGGAGGUCUACUGCUUGUUAUUGCAUACGGACCUGGUGGCGUCUCCGUUGAUGAUUACAAGAAGCGGUGGUGA